AUGCCAACAAAAAAGUCAUCUUCCCAGAAUAUUGAUCCAGAGACCAAUGAAGCAGAUAAUUUACAAUCUAAACAAAAUCAAAUUAAUGAAUCGCCGAAUCGUUAUGAAAGUAAUGAAUCAUCACUUUUUGCUACUGAUAAGUAUCAGCAUAAAGUACUAUCUCAUAUGAAUACAAGACCCACUAGUUUAAGAAUUCAUUCAAUUGAGCUUGUAGAUCCUUUGGUUGAACAAUCUAAUAUUUAUAACAAAUGUUCUUCUAAUCAAAAAGACGAAUCUUCAGAAGAUGAAAUUUUUUCUUCACUUGGUCAAUAUUACAAUUCAAACUUCUCUGAAAAAUCACCUCAUCCAUUAAAUAUACCAAAUAUGAAAUAUACUAAUUCAUAUUUAGCUGUUCAACCAAGGUUCAUAGCUGGUGCGGUAUGGGAGAAACCAUUUAAAAAACAUAUUGAUAUACUUGAUUAUAAUGUUUUCAUAAAACAACAAUUGGGAGUAAAGGCAUUAGUAACAUUAGUUGCUAUCAGGAUACAUGUAGAGUACUUAAUAGCCGAGUCUAAAGGAGAAAAUCUUUAUUAUACUUCCAUGGUUUUAAACCACGUUAAAGAAUUAGAUAAUAUCAUAAUUGAUAUUAUAUUUCUAGCAGCAACCGAUUAUGAUACUCAAGUUGAGGAUAAUCAACCAUCUUACAAUAAUGAUCAAAACUAUAGUAAUCAACAUAUAGUCAAUGACAAUAUGCAUGAUACUGAUAAUGUAAAGUUUGAUCAAGUGUGUGAAGAAGGUGAUAUAAACAAUAUAUAUAAUGAAAAUGAACUUUAUGAUAAUAUAAAUAUCUUUAGUUCAAAUGAUGAGUAUGAACUAAUGGAUGACAUGCAAAAGACAUUUGACAGAAUGAAAUCUGUCGCAAAUUGGAAUCGCAAUUGCCCUUUUAGCCCUUUUGAAAAUUUUACAAAUAUGGCCAUUUUUACAUGGGUCACUCAGUAUAUGAUUCAUGUGUUCAAUUGUGAAGAUUUUGUUAAAUAUCGUUCAAUGAAUGAAACUAUCGAAGAACAAUACCUAGUUGAGGAAUCAAAUCCCUUUAUUAUUGAUCCAUCAUUAUUAAUCUGCCGUCUAAAUGUUGGGCUCCAAGACCAACCUGCUCUAUCUAUAUUUGAAUUCUUUGUUAGCAAAAUAUUAUACUAUUAUAAUGGCAGGUGGAAGCUUCGUUCAAUAAAGUUUUGUCACCAACAUCCAUCUGAGCGUAUAUCUAUUAAGCCACCAGCAAAUUUCAAUAUACCAAUUCUUAAGUUUUACUUAGAUUUAUAUUAUGAUGAUUUUGGCACUUUUCGUAACACCUAUCAUUCUUUAGGAUUGGUGCCAUUUGGUGGCAAUUUUAAAAAUUUUAUUAAACCUUUUGUUGAAGAGGUGCAUCAACUUGAGCAGGGUUUCGUAAUGAACGUGAAUAGUAUAGAUUGUUGGAUUUCUGGCGGGUUGGCUAUAGUUACAGCAGAUUUGUCUCAAGGAAAUGACAUUGCUGGUGUACUACAUCACAAUGCUAAUUUUGAAUGUCGUAGUUGUAAAGUUUUUAAAAAUGAACUAACAAAUAUUACAUUUGAUAUAUAUUCUAAUGGUUGGUAUCAUCAAAUAACCAAUCAAGAAUUUGAAAUUAUAAGUAAGCAACAAACAAAUUCAGCAAGAUUACAAACCUGUUCACAAUAUGGAUUACAACCAUCACCGGGCCCACUUGAUUCUGUUCUUCACGAUGCUCGAUUAAAACUUUCUCGACAAAAUGAUGUCGUUAAUUAUUUAAUUCGGGCUUGGGUAUUGUCAGCAAAACUGUUAGAUAAAGAGCUUAAUACGUUAAUUGAGCUUUCAAAAUCUUCCGAACCUCCAUGUAAAUCGACAUCUGGUAGAUCACGCACUCCAAUAUGCCACUUGUAUCAACAUGGCAGUUGGUAUAAAGGAAAUACUGAUGGUGGAAUAGAUGACCGCAUAAACAACAUGGCACUACAUUCAAUAUUUAGAGAGUUAAUUAUCGAUCCAUAUUUGCAUCACCUACUGUCAGGCUGGUGUAUUGAUAAUAAUUUUUCAAUACAUUCUUUACAGGAAUUUGAUCAAGAAUUUGAUCAAAAUAAUGAUAUUGAUACUAGCAGCUUCACCCAUCUUAAUUGUUCUGAAAUAAAACUUAGAUCAAGAUUAGACAAAUGUAAAAUUGAAA